AUGUGCGGCGUAGGCUCGCGCCGCCUGGGGCGACAUGAGGCGACAGAGCAGCAGCUGGAGGCGGAGGCAGGCAGCUCAGCGGCACACGAUGAGCCCGAAAUGGCGCUUGACGGAACCAUCGAAAUGGCUUCUCCUCCGAAGCAGUUCCAAGCCCCGGGCCUCUUCCAUCGCAUGAGACAUGACAACAGCAUCCUUGCCCUUGUAGUCUCUGCUGAUUACAUCUUCGCCGGCACCGAGGGCGGUGAGAUUCUGGUCUACGGCCUCGAGACCUACACCCGCGUCGCCAUCAUCGAGGGCCACCGCGGCAGUGUACUAGGGCUUUGCCUCUCGCAGGACCAACAAUUGCUGUUCUCCAGCGCCGGCGACCGCAUUGUGAACGUCUGGAACACCCGCACCUUCGCCCGCGAGUACUCCAUCUACUCCGCCUACGACAUUGGCGAUGUCUUCUGCGUUUCCUACUCGUGCGCCCUGCGCACCGUCUACCUGGGCGCGCAAAACACCAGCAUCCAAUGGUACAACCUGAACGAGAAGGACCGGCGCCCGCCACCCAAGCCGACUGCCCACCCCUCCUUCCGCGAAGACCGCUUCUUCGAUUCGCUCGGCCCAGGUGGCAUAAGGACUCCAAGGCCAGAAUGCACGGAUGCGCCGCGCGACGCAAAGGGCGGUCAGGAAUUGGAAAUUGAUCAACAGUACAUUCGCCAAUUCGCCCACUACGGCUACGUAUAUUGCACGCUACUAGCAAGUGGCUCGGUGGCUGGUUACGCGGACAAAGAAAUCUUGAUUUCGGGUGGCGGGGACGGAGUUAUCAAAUUGUGGAGGCUGGACCAGGACAACGGAGGCGCUAUCCAGGAACUGCAUGCCCUUGAUGAUGGCAGAGAAGAAGGCAAUGCCGUCCAAUCAAUGGUCUUGGAUGGCACUUUCUUGUAUGGUGGCCGUCCGGAUGGCGAGAUCAAUGUGUGGGAUCUUGAGACGAAGCAGCUUGUGCGCAGCCUCAAGACAAACGUUGGUGACGUCUUGACCAUCACCAUUGGCGGAGGCUUCCUUUUCGGUGCGGGAGAUCGUGGUUUUGUGCAGAAAUUCAACCGCCAAUACGAACCGGUUGGCAGAUUCGAGGCUCACGAUGGCCUCGUUCUUGCCUCAGCAUUUGGCACCUUCAACAACAGACCCGUCUACGUUACUGGCGGCAACGAUGCCACCAUUGCCGUCUGGGAUGUGCGGGAUUGCCAGGUCAUCCCACCAAAAUCUACAGCAACUAGCAAUGAGCAACUUUUCGAGUUUCUCAAGCGGUUUGUAUCUUACCGCACCGUUUCUUCGAACCCACGGUACAAGGUGGACUGCAGAAGAGGCGCCUCCUACCUCCGGUCCGUUUUCAAGAAUUUCGGAGCUGCUACCGAGAUGCUCAACACCGAAGAACCCUACAAUCCUGUGAUAUUCGCAAAAUUCAGGGGCAAUCCUGCUACGUCCAGCGACAGGAAGAAGAUUCUAUUCUACGGCCACUACGAUGUGAUUGCAGCUGAGAACGAAGACAGCAAAUGGAUUGUAGAUCCAUUUUCCAUGGAGGGCAUUGACGGCUACCUCUACGGCCGCGGCACAUCGGAUAACAAGGGUCCCAUCAUGGCCGCCAUUUUCGCAGUAGCUGAGUUGUUAGAGGAGCAGGCCCUGGAGUCUGACAUCAUCUUCCUGAUUGAGGGCGAGGAAGAGUCCGGUUCUCGCGGCUUCCCCGAAGCUGUACAGCGCAACAAAGAGCUCAUCGGUGACGUCGAUUGGAUUCUUCUCGCUAACAGCUAUUGGCUCGACGACCAUGCGCCAUGCUUAACAUACGGUUUACGUGGGGUGAUUCAUGCAACCGUCCAAAUCGAGAGCCCCCACCCGGACCUCCACAGCGGCGUCGACGGCAGCUCGCUUCUCGACGAGUCCUUGAAAGACCUGAUUAUGCUGCUCGCGAAGCUGACGGGGCCCCACGGCCGGAUUGAGAUCCCUGGCUUCUACGACCCCAUCCCGCCCCUCAGCCCCGAGGAGAAGCAGCUGUACGACGAAAUCGGCCACUCGCUCAUCUCGCGCAACCCGGACCUGGGCGACCCGGAGGACCUGGUCAACUCGCUCAUCCGCCGCUGGCGCGAGCCCUCGCUGACCAUCCACCGCUUCCACACGUCGGGCCCCGAAAACUCGACCAUCAUCCCCCGCCUCGCCCGCGCCUCCCUGUCCAUCCGCCUGGUGCCGAACCAGGAAGCGACACAGGUCGCGGCGGCCCUCACGGACCACCUGAACGCCGAGUUCGCCCAGAUCGAGAGCAAGAACAAGCUCACCGUCACCAUCGACCACCUUGCGGAGCCGUGGCUCGGCGACUUUGGCAACGAGAUCUACAAGACGCUCGAGGCCGCCAUCACGGACGAGUGGAAGCCCGUCCAGGAGCGCCGCCGCAGCUCCGUUGCUACGCUGUCGUCGAACCUCCGUCCCCAGACGGCGUCGUCUGCGUCCAAUGGUCAGGGCAAUGGUGGUUAUUUCGAUGCCGGAAAUAACCCUCGCUCCCCGACGACGUCGUCGACGCUCGCUAACGGCAGUGUGACGCCUCCCGCCGAGAAGACCAGCGACGACCCCACCGUCUGGAAGCAGCCGCUCAAGCCGCUGUACAUCCGCGAGGGCGGUAGUAUCCCGAGCAUCCGGUUCUUGGAGAAGGAGUUUGACGCGCCGGCUGCGCAUCUGCCGUGUGGGCAGGCGAGCGAUAGCGCGCAUUUGGAUAACGAGAGGCUGCGGUUGGUGAACUUGUAUAAGAGUAAGGGUAUUUUCAAGAGGGUGUUUAGGGAUUUGCCGAGGAAAUGA